AUGAUUCCGUUUUUCUUUGCUUUUACUGGCCUUGUGGAUCGCCUACUGCGCCUUCCACUUGGGGUGCGUCUGUCUGUCGGGGUUGGGGCGCUGCAGCAGGAAAUAGGAAGGAGACAUCACCUGGUGAGAGGAGCAGCACUGCAGGACGGGGACAUGAUGCCGCACGGCGUGCCGAAGGGUCUUGGUGACCCCCGGGACGCCGCGCGCGGCCAGUGGGAGAUGAGCAACUGCGUCGUCACCGACGACGCCUUCUCGCGCCCCAAUACAGACCACAUGGACGAGCUGCACAAAACGCAGCCAUGGAAGUCGUCGCCGCACUAUUUCCAGAGCGUCAAGGUCUCCGUGCUGGCCGCGCUGCAGAUGAUGAUCCACGCCAAACGUGGCAGUCCCAACGUGGCGUGUGACAGCAGCAGCAGCACCAGCGGCAGCGGCACCGCCUCACCCCCGGAUAAGUCGCGCCGCGAGAACUGGUUCGAGGUGAUGGGGCUGCUGCUAGGGCACUUCAAUGGGCGCGAGAUGAUCGUGACGGGCGCCUUCGGCCUCCCCGUCGACGCAUCAGAGGUGGAGUGCUCCAUGAACGAUGCCUCACAGCUGUAUAUGCUGGACUUUCUGCAGUAUCACCAGCGCGGCGGCACGCAAGAGGGCUGCAUCGGUUGGUACCACAGCCACCCCGGCUACACCUGCUUCCUCUCUGGCACCGACGUCAACACGCAGCAACUCGGGCAGUCCGCGCAGGACCCAUGGCUGGCGAUCGUCGUUGAUCCUGUGCGCACCAUCUCCAGCGGCAGGCUUGAUAUGAAGGCGUUCCGUACAUUCCCGGAGGCGUACGCAGCGGAGCAACUGCAGGAGGCACAGCAGCGCAGGAGCCACACGGUGGCGGGCAGGCGGUCGGAGAGAUCAGCGGCGUCGGCCACCAGCUCCAUCCCUGCCUCACGUGUCAGGGAGUACGGCGUGCAUGCCCACCGUUACUAUGAGCUGCCCAUCACACUGGUCCGCAGCAAAAACGACGAGGCGCAGCUUGACCGUCUGUGGUGCCGCUACUGGACGCUGACGUUCAGUAUGAAUCCCCUCGCCGCCAACCGAUCUCUGACGACGCAGCAUAUGCAUCAGCUAGCGAACGUGCUCGAGAGCGGCGUGGCGGGCCGAAUUGGGAAGGAAACAGAGAGCAGCAGGGUCUAUAGUGCAACGUCACNCGACAACAAUCGCAGCAGAUGGAGGCUGAGGAAGACACACUCGAUGAUGCUGAAGCAUUCCAACAGAGGAGCAUCCAAAUGCGCUACUUGGCCUCCGCUCUGGCGUCGGAGGUGGCACUGGCCAGCACGUUGA